AUGUUGUUUUCCAAACAUAAGGCGAUUAUUUCAUCAUUGUUUGUAACUAGUUUUUUGGUUCAACUUAUAAAUUGUGCAGACCCUGACCCUGCAGCCCCUACAGACCUUUCAGCCUCUGCAGACGCUCCAGCCAAACCAAAUGAGUCAGAUGUUACAAGCAAUGCCGGCAAUCCCAAACCAGCACAACCUACACCGGCAGUAAACAUUGUUACCAAACCAACUACAGCCCAACAAUCAACAACGACGUCGAAAAAUGGUAUCAGCCAUAACUUCUUUUGUAAUAUGAUUUGUAAGCCUUAUAAUGCCUGCAGGACGUUCUUGGGAGACGCAAUAAGAUCAUUUUGGGAAUCAUUUCUAAAAGUCAGGGAAAACAUUAUUUCCAAAUAUAAGUCACCGGUUACCGCUGUCAACAACGUUGGUAAAUGA